AUGUGGGGGAGGGGGGUGAUGCGAGGGGGUGUGGGGCGGUGGUUGGGUGGAGUGAGGCGGGGGUUGUGUGGGAGGCGUAGUGAUGCGCCUGUUGCCAUUGUCACGGGGUCGAGUCAGGGCAUUGGUGGCGCCAUUGCCGAGGCCCUGCGCCGAGAGGGGUACAAGACCUAUGGAUUUGAUGUGGCGCCUCUGGAGCAGCGAACACAGCAGGAGGAUGAGCUCAUCGUUGAUGUGGCCGAGUUUGAUCACGUCCGCGCCGCCGUCGACAUUAUUGUUGCCAGGCAUGGCCGCAUCGAUGUCUUGGUGAACAAUGCCGCCGUGCAACCGGCCCAGGCCGGUGUGGCCCUGCAUGAGAUUCCCGAGGUUUGGUGGAACCGCACCCUUGCCGUUAACAUCAACGGCGUUUACAAUACCGCGCGCGCGGUGGUACCUGUGAUGAUAGAACAACACAACCGGGCCCAGGUUGUCGCCGACCCAGCACCAAUCAACUCGGUGCACGACAGCAUGCCCAUUCCCACUACGGGUGGUGGGGCCAUCGUCAACAUUGCUAGCGUGCAGGGUAUCAUGUCCCAACCGGCAGUAGGUGCGUACUCGGCCACCAAAGGCGCCAUCCUCAGCCUUACCCGCACCAUGGCCUGUGACUACGGUCGCUACGGUAUUCGCGUCAAUGCCGUCAACCCAGGCACGGUUGACACGCCCCUAGUGCGUCACAACGUGGAGCGCGCGGGUGCCACCAUGGAGCAGGCCGGGGCGAUUUAUCCCCUGGAAUCUCGAGUUGGUCAGCCCUCGGAGGCCCAACUCGCCGCCUACGUGGCUCGCUGGCAAGCCCUUAAUCCCGACUUUGACUACGUGCUCUAUGAUGACGCCGAUGUGGAUGCGUUUAUACAAACACGGUUCCCGCGCUAUGCGCCGUUGCUGACCUCGCUUCAGCCGCUGCUCCUCAUCAUUGCACGGAUGUUGGAGCGUAUGGCACAACCUCGUGCUCGAUACAGCGACGUGCACAUCUUUUCCUCGACAGGACCCGAUUAUCUGACCCAUCUCUACGUUGGCUCUGCGCACCUGCAGCAAAACAUCACCGUUCUCUAUCCCGAUCCUUAUGCCAAGUUCCAGUUUGGCAAUAUUGCCCGCCAUCACAUGCACGGUUCCUGGCGGGGCUGA